CCCCCCGCCCCCGACCUUCCUGGCGACUUUAAAAAGUUUGCAUAAACUGGGCUGCGAAACCGCCCACGAAGGAGUGAUUGCAAUUUGACCAAUUUUUCGUUACCGAAGUUCACCCGGGAGAGGUUGAGGUGGGCGGGCCGUGUCUGAAGUCCGUGUGUCGGCUCAGUGCGGGGGUCUCCUCACCGACCGUUUGUUCACUGCUCCACCGCUCUGGAGAACAUGGUGUUCGCGGCUCUCUCGCACCUCCUGCCCAAGCUCUGUGACAGCUUCACGGUGCUGGCCGUGUUCUGCGCCGUCUUUUGCCUGGUCUUCGACUUCAUGAAGAGGCGGAAGACGUGUGAGAACUACCCUCCCGGGCCCCGGGGGUUCCCUUUCGUCGGCAACAUUCUGCAAGUGGACCUGAGCAACCCUCACGUGUCAUUCUCAAAGCUGUGGAAGAAGUACGGUGAUGUGGUGAGUUUAGAGUUUGGAUGGACAAACGUGGUGGUGUUGAGCGGCUACAAGACCCUGAAAGAGGCGCUGGUGAAGAAAUCAGAAGACUUUGCGGACCGGCCAGAAUUUCUGAUAUAUGAGAAGCUCUCUGAGAGGAUCGGGGAAGGUAUUAUCUUUGCAAGGUAUGGGAACUGGUGGAGAGAACAGAGAAGAUUCUCGCUUUCCAUGCUGAGAAACUUUGGGGUUGGGAAGAAGUCACUGGAGUUGCGAAUUGCAGAGGAAGCAGAAUUUUUGAGUAAAGCAUUUGAAGAGGAAAAAGGUCUUGCAUUUGAUCCACAUUUCAAGAUAAAUAAUGCAGUCUCAAAUAUCAUCUGCACAAUUGUCUUUGGACAUCGCUUUGAAUAUCAUGAUAAAAAAUUCCUCGAAUUUCUCCACAUCCUUGAAGAAAGUUUAGUCUUGGAGGGAGGCUUUUGGGGUCAGUUGUUGAACACCUUCCCCUUUGUUUAUUGCCUCCCUGGCCCACACCAUAAAAUAUUUGAAAAUCAAGAGAAAAUGGUUCACUUUUUACAAGAAAUAGUCGCAGACCAUAAACAGUCGUGGGACGCAAAUGAGCCCAGGGACUUCAUUGAUGCUUUCUUAGUGGAGCAGGAGAAGAGAAAGGACAACUUAAAUACAAGUUUCCAGGAGCGGAACAUGAUCGGUACAGUCAUUGACCUUUUCGGUGCUGGUACAGAGACCACCUCCACCACCCUACGCUGGGCCUUGCUCUUCAUGAUGCUCCAUCCAGAUAUGCAGUCCCAGGUCCACGAGGAGAUUGACAGAGUCAUUGGGAAGGAUAGAAGGCCGACUUUGUUAGACCGGGAGGAAAUGCCUUUCACUAAUGCAGUUAUCCAUGAAACCCAACGCUUAGGGAAUAUUGUUCCGAAUUCACUGCCUCAUCAGACAUACAGAGAUACCCUGAUCAUGGGUUACACCAUUCCUAAGGGAACGAUGAUCAUCCCAAAUCUUUCCUCAUCCUUGUUUGAUGAAGACAUUUGGUCGACUCCACAUCAGUUCAAUCCGGGACACUUCCUCAACUCGGGUGGGAAGACUGUGAAGCCAGAAGCCUUCAUCCCAUUCUCUGCAGGUCAUCGUGUGUGUUUGGGGGAGCAGCUGGCGAAGACGGAGCUCUUCAUCUUCUUCACGUCCAUGCUCCAACGAUUCACGUUCCAUCUCCCGGAAAAUGAGCCAAGGCCAAGUUACAGGGAUGCUAGAUUCGGAAUCACCCUCUGUCCGCUCCCGUAUCGGAUCUGUGCUACAGUCAGAUAAAAAUGUGUACGGGACUGUUCUGAUGAGUUCCCCCCACCCCCCUCCCCUUUAGUUUUGUCCCUACCUCCAUGGCAUACUCUAUUUUGAAACUGUUCCAUUUACUCAUGGUUUAUAAAGAAAAAAUUAUAAAACGUAACUUCAAAAUGUCCCAAAACUGCUGAAGAAUAAUGUGAGGACUGUCAGUAAUUUUGCCCCCUCACCGUUAGCAAUGAGAUUAUAACCAGACAAUCUCUGGAAGGACAAGCGAACCACAGACAACAUCCUCUCCCCAGCACUGAAGCCCAUUCACCUGCCCAACCCUGGAUCCUGGAUUAGGACACUCUGUCCCAGUCCUGAUGCAGGGUUUUGACCCAAAACAGAUGCACAAGAGGCUGCAGAUGCUGGAAUCUGGAGUCACUUCCCCCCUUCCUCAGUCCACCAAUCACCUCGGACUCCUCUCUCACCACUCCCCAUCUCCUCUUUAUACUGGCCAACUCCCCUCUCAGUCCUGAUGCAGGGUUUUGACCCAAAACAUCAAUGAUUCCUCUACCCCCACAGAUGCUGCUUGACCUGCUGAGUUCCUCCAGCAGAUUGUUAGUUGUUCCCGACCCAAAGCAUUGACCAGCUCUCUGUCUGUCGGAAAAUAAUGCAUGUUCUUGAAGUCCAUGGAACAUGUUCUUUAUUGUACUUUUCCAAUUAUAAACAUUAUAAUCGCUCUUUCUUGUAUUUUUGUGAUUAACUCCUUCUGCUACCCAAUAGGAUUGGAGGUCCCCUCAUGCCGUCUAGACACAUCUGGCUCUCAUCUGAACUCCGCCCACUCUGCCCCCCCAGUGGCAGUGUGUAGCCUUAACCACAUUCAAGGGCCUGUCACAAGAGUCAUACAGCAUGGAAACAGGCCCUUCAGCCCAUCUGGUCCAUGCUGACCAAGAUGCCCAUCUAAACUAGUCCCAUUUGCCAGCGUUUGGCCCAUAUCCCUCUAAACCUUUCCUAUCUAUGUACCUGUCCAAGUGUCUUUUAAAUGUUGUUAAUGUACCUGCCUCAACCACCUUCUCUGACAGCUCAUUCCACAUAUGAACCACUCUCUGGGUGAAAAUGUUGCCCCUCAGAUUCCUACUAAAUCUCUCCUCUCUCACCUUGCACCUAUUCUAUCUAGUUCUUGAUUCCCCAACCUGGGAAAAAGACUGAGUGCACUCACCUUAUCUGUGCCCUUCAUGAUUUUAUACACCUCCAUAAGGUCACCCCUCAGUCUCCCACGUUCCAAGGAAUAAAGUCCUAGCCUACCCAACCCCUCCCUAUAACUCAGUCCCUUGAGUAAUGGCAAUAUCCACGUAAAUCUUUUCUGCACUCCUUCCAGCUUAAUGGCAUCUUUCCAUAGCAGGGCAACCAAAAUUGAACACAGUAUUCCUAAUGUGGUCUUGUACAGCUGCAACCUAACAUCCCAACGUCUAUACUCAGUGCCUUUCUCGACAUUAGGAGUGAGGGAACCAAAUAGAUCAGGGGGUGAGAUUUGGCACUGAGUCAGUCAAUAAACUGAGCUGAGGGAAGGUAUUAAAUGAGAAAGUUUUGCCUUUGUGACCCCUCUGUUUGUGGUCCAACAGCACUGCCGUUUGUGCGAGGACAUAAUUGCAACAUGACAAAUCUGUACUGGUAGCUUCCACUAUAAAUGUGGACAGAGGUGCAGCAGUUAGUGCUGCUGUCUCUCAGCUCCAGAGUUGCAGGUUCAACCCUGACCUUGGAUGCUGCCUGUGUGGAGUUUGCAUGUUCUCCGUGUGUUGGAUUAGGGUCUAAAUUGCUAUUUAGAUUGUUAUUUUUCUUGUAGUUUAACUUUCUUUAUGCUUGCUUAUAUGUUUGUAUAAUCACCUGUUCGUAAAUUUUUAGUAGAUUUUUAAGUUUCUUUGUCUGUAGGCCUGAGAUGUCAUGGCAGUGUAAAUCAAGACUGUCCUUGUUGUUCACAGACUGCUCCUAUCAGAGAAGACUCCCUUAUCUAGCCAGCUUAAACUAGUUUGCAGUAUAAAGAGAGAACACGAUGUCUCCAAUCUUUUGUUACUUGCCUUACUUGCCUGCUUUUAGUUCAUUUUACUUGCUGUUGCAAGCUGACACUGCUUGACCUGUACUUCGAUGAACAUCUAAUAAAACGGCUGUAACCAUAA